UUAAAUGACAGCCGUCGCCCAGCCACUGGCUUGUUUGUGCUUUCCCACCCCAACCAGUUAGUUUCCCCUGGACGUCGUAAGCGCACACCCCGAGGACUUGCAAGCGGUCAUGUCGGCCAGCUGGGACGAGGAGGACCGAAGACCGGAGCACGGAGGGAAAGAGUCACACAGGGACGCAGCCAACGCUCGCGAAAGGGCCAGGAUGAGGGUGCUGAGCAAAGCCUUCUCCAGGCUGAAGACCACCCUGCCCUGGGUACCCCCCGAUACCAAGCUGUCCAAGUUGGACACCCUGCGGCUGGCCUCCAGCUACAUCUCGCACCUCAGGCGACUGCUCCAGGACCACUCCCUGGAUGACGCUUACGUGAAGACCGCCAGUCUGACCUGGCCAUUUGGGAUGUCGGGACACUCGGAGGACGAGGACUCUCAUUCCAAGACCACCACGAGACUUUGCGACGCAACAGCUUGAACACAGUAUGGCCCCUGCCUGAGCGUUUCGUGGUGACAUCACAGACAAAAGACAGUACGCCGGCCCCUCCUAUGCUCAGAGAGCCUAAAACUCGCAAGAUUUGAGGCUUAUUUUGAAUAAAACGUUUUGUUUUUUUUUUUUGCUCCCAGGGGUUCCCUUUCACAACAAAUGCCAAGUCCUUGUUCUAUGGUUAUCAUUCCACUGUCGCUGAGACAUCCUUUCCAUGCUCAAUUGGUUGAAGUUUGGUGAGAUUUGGAGCACAUUUGGUGGCGCCAACAAACAAGGGGAAGGGUUUUCAUCGGGUGGGAGUUAAACUCGCAGCUGUCGGUGAGAUUCCCACAAGCGGGAGCGAUGCGAGGCGACUCUCGAGAGACUUUUAAUGAGCUUCCUUUCUCACACUGGCACAAACAUGAAGAGCCGGCGAGCAAACGGCUCCGAUGUACACUUAAAGUGGUGUCAUCCAUCAGCAUAACAAGGUGAUGAUAGGGACGGAUGGAGUGGACCUCCUCUCAUGGCUUUUUAUUUCAUAAGUGCAUUGAGACGUCAGGUGCUACAGCACUGACAUCUAGUGGGGAAAAAAACAGAAGUGCAAGCUUAGAAAAAAAAAUUAAGCAUGUGUCCGGUCAGUCAUUGGAAGAAGUGUCGACCAAAUUAACGGUAAAAGAAGAAAAAGGCAUAAUU